AUGCAUCCGGUGGUUCACCAUCAAAAAUCUUGUUCACUUCAACUUGUCAACGAAACUACACCUUCAGUUACUGCUGUUGCACCAUCUCGCGUUUUUAUAAUCUCAGCACCUCCAACAUUUAAUUUGUAUGAUGAAGUCACAGCACAAAAAUCAAAUAAUUCAUCAAUUAAUAACCGUAUUCAUGGAGCAAUUUUAAAUCCAUCACCAUCUGUAGUUGGUAUACCAAUAAAUAAAUCAUACUUAGGUGAAGUUAUUCCAACAGCAAAUAUGCGUGAGCGCCCGUAUAAUGAUGAUAGUUUGUUAACGGACUCGAUGAACACAGAAGAUGAACAAGUUUUACAAGAUAUUGAAAAUAUACCUCCUAUUGACCUUAAUUCUACUCAAAUAUCAGAACCGGCCGAUGAUUUAGUUCCAUCAUUAGCAGAUACUGGAGAAACAAAUAGUUUUACUAAUAUUAAUCCAAAUCAUUUAGCAAGUUCUUCGAAUGUUGAUGCUUUUUCAAAACAUAAUACUCCUCCUAUUACAAAUUCAUCUAAACCAAAAAAAACUGCUCCAGGAAAAAAAGAAACGAAUAUCGGAAAUAAAAGUGGAUUUGAUACAAGAUCUGAUUGGGAAAAUCGAAUCUUGUAA